CAGAAGCUUAUUGUCGACAGCGCUGGUCACUGCUAAAAUUGGUCAAUACAUUUACUCGACCCUGGAUACAUAUAUCUCACAUCGUCUUCUUGCUAUCGAGAUCCGGUUUUCGUUCAUCAUCACACCAACACAGACUUCACCUUCUACAUCCAGAACAUCAAUAUGAACUUUGUAUACUCCAACACCAUGGGUUCCUUCCCUCAACAAGCGUUCUACACAUCUGCCAUGACCAACAAUCAAUGGCUACUUCAACAACCAAAGGACUCGGGCUAUGCCAGUGAUGACCAUGACCUUUUCGAGAAGGCCUUCGAGUCACAACUACCCACCAUCCACCAAGUUUCAUCACACCACAUGCAACAGCAACAACAACAAACGCCCAUGUCUGCCUUUUCAGAUUCAUCAGCAUCAGAAUCAUCAAGCAAUGUUAGCCAGAGCAGUCCUUUCGAGUAUGCAGAUUCAUUAUGCACACCGACAACCUACGAAGCUCGUUGGAACCCAUAUGAGAGCCUCGACAUGAGUGUCAAGAAGCUUUCUAUCGAUGCUGGCAUUACAUCCAUGACCGGCUACUGCGAUAUCGACUCUAUGCUCACAGCUGCCUACCACAACACCAGUGCUUCUCAACCCAAACGCUUCAGUGCCUUCUCUCAAUCAUCUCCUCGUUCAUCUACCUUCAACCAACAAUCUUACCCUCAACAAGAAGAGUCUCCUCUGGAAGCACCUCCUUCGCCAGCACUUGGUCGUCCUCGUGGCCGUGUUCCUCACACUGCUGUCGAGCAACGCUACCGUGCAAACCUCAAUGACAACUUCACUCGUCUGCGCAAUGCAGUACCCGAGAUUGCAACUCUGCAACCCGCAAGAAGCGGACAACCUCCCAAACCAUCAAAGGCCGAGGUCCUCGCCGCAGCUGCCGAGUACAUCAGACAACUCGAGGAAGAGAACGAGGCACUCAGAGAGAGCAUGAUGAACGCCGCUGCCGGUGAACUCAGAAGAAAGAGAGCCAAGACUGGUUAAACGAUCUUCACUUCUUACUUUGUAACGAAUGACUCUUUGUACUAUGGAAUGUGUUUUAAUGUAUAUAAUCAAAGUUGGUGUGCGGGUGAGAAAGGCUUUGAUAGUCUUGACUGGCGCUGGCACAAGGUGUUUUUUGGAAAUGAUCUUGGUUUUACUCUAUUCUUCUCUGUCGAUAUACCCGCUCGGUCUCCUCAAAAUACGAACCUUUUCUGACUUAACCAUACCAAAACUCUUCUUCCCUCACUCUCGACUUGCAUCUUUUGACGAUGAUUG